GGCCGCGGAUGCACAGGAUGUGUUGGUGGAAAAUGGCGCGAGCGAGUAAGUCCGCUGUGGUUCUGUGCCUGGAUGUGGGUCACACAAUGGGCCACGCGCCACCAGGGCACGAGUCUCCGUUUGAACAGGCCAAGAGAGUUCUGUUGAUGUUCGUGCAACGACAGGUGUUCGCUGAGAGCAAAGAUGAGACUGCCUUAGUGCUGUACGGCAGCGACGCAACCUCCAACCCUCUGGCUGGGGCAGACCAAUACCAGCACAUCACCGUGCACAGGAACCUGAUGAUCCCCGACUUCAGUCUCCUGGAGGACGUGCAGAGCAGGAUCGAGCCUGGACUGCAGCAGGCAGACUUUCUGGAUGCCCUGGUGGUCUGCAUGGAUGUGCUUCAGAAACAGACACUGGGGAAGAAAUACGAGAAGCUGCACAUCGCGGUGUUCACAGACCUGAACAGCCCCUUCAGCUCCGACCAGUUGGACAUCAUCAUCGCCAACCUGAGGCAGGCCGGCAUCACUCUGCAGUUCUUCCUCCCAUUCCCACUGGAUUCGGACGGUGAAGGAGGCGGAUGCGGGGACGCUGACUCGGGAGUACAGGCAGAUAGAAGCCGGGGCCAUCCCCCGGGGAAAGGGCUGACCACGCAACAGGAAGGAGUCAAGAUGGUCAGGAAGGUGAUGACAGCCUUUGAUGAGGAGUUUGGUCUCGAUGAGGUCUUCACCUUCAGUGAGAGUGCUGAGCGCCUUGGCCUGUUCAAGAAGCUGGAGAGGAGACCGAUGCCUUGGCCCUGUCAACUGACCAUUGGGUCCAAUAUCUCCAUCAGGAUUGUGGGCUACAAGGCAAUGUGUGAGGAGAAAGUGAAGAAGGCGUGGAUAUCUGUCGAUGCCAAGACACUACAGAAGGAGGACGUGAGAAAGGAGGUGGUUUACUGCUUAAACGACGAUGAUGAGACAGAGAUUCUCAAGGAUGAGACCAUCCAAGGAUUCCGCUACGGCAGUGAUAUAAUCCCGUUCUCCCGCAUUGACCAGGAUCAGAUGAAAUACAAGACGGACGGGAAGUGCUUCAGUGUGCUGGGAUUCACCAAGUCCUCACAGGUAUUGAGGCAUUACAAUAUCGGGCGGCAGACGCUGAAGGUCCUCCCACCAAAAGAUGAUGAGCAUGCGGCGGUGGCACUCUCAGCACUGAUCCAGGCUCUGGAAGAGAUGGACAUGGUGGCGAUCGUGCGCUACGUGUACGACCGGAGAUCAAACCCGCAGGUGGGCGUGGCCUUCCCUCUCAUCAAGGAGGAAUACCAGUGCCUGGUGUAUAUCCAGCUACCCUUCAUGGAGGAUCUCAGGCAGUUCACGUUUGCCUCCCUCAGCCACAAGCGAUGGGCAGCUUCCGAGGAGCAGUUGGCUGCUGUGGAUUCUCUGAUCGACUCCAUGGGGCUGGUGCAGGAGGACGGGGAGAAAACCCAGGAUCUCUUCAAAGUCAGUAAAAUCCCCAAUCCACAUUACCAGCGUUUGUUCCAGUGUCUCCAGUACAAAGCCUUUCACCCGGACCAGCCACUGCCCCCCAUUGAGGCACAGCUGACAGCCAUGCUGGAGAGGCCCCAGGAGGUGUCUGUCUCCUGCCAGCCAGCCCUGCAACAUCUCAAAUCCCUCUUCACUCUGCAGGAUGCUGGCAAGAAGAAAGAGCCAAAGAUCGCACAGAAAAUCUUCAAUAACGUGGAGGAGCCCGAUGCAAAGCGAGCACGACUGGAUGACGAGGAGUUCUGUAUCACUCGACUGGCUGAAGGCAGAGUCACCUCAGUCGGCAGUCUGCAUCCAGCCAAAGAUUUCCGAUUCCUCAUCAGCCAGAAGAGCGACUUCAGAGAAGUGAGCUCACAACUGAAGGAGCGUGUGUGGCAAUUCCUGGCUGUGAAGGGACGAGAGUAUUACAUAAAGAGCAUGGACUGUAUCUCGGCCUUCAGGGAGGAGGCAGUGAAGGCCGGAAAAGCUCAACUCUUCAACACCUUCAUUAAAACUCUGAAGGAGAGUGUGGAGGAAAAGGGUCUGUACGACUUCUGGGAUCUGCUGGUACAAGACGGAGUUUCCCUCAUCACACAGGAUGAAGCUGGAGACAGCGCGGUGACAGAGGAUGAGGCCAAGAGGUUCCUGGCGGCAGAGGAGAGAGCGGCGGAGCCGGAGGCUGUGGCCGAGGAUGGGGGAGACGUGGAUGAUCUGCUGGAUAUGAUGUAGUCUGCUCCUGUGACACUCUAUACGGACUGGGCACGGGGUCUGGCCAGGACGGCGAAGCAGGGGACUCGUGGUGGGAGCAGCCAGCUGUCGUAUAUCCCUCAAAACCAGAGCUUUUCUUACCAUUUACAGGCUGAGUUGAAACGAUGGUAAACUCUAAUUCUGUUUUUUUCGGUGCGUGUUGUGUGCUCACUGGAGCUGGCUCUGCAAGAGCAUUUUCUCUUUUUAUUUAAGUAAAUCCCGGGGGGUGGGGGGGUAGGCAAUUUUCCACAAUUUCUUAAAGGAUCUCUUAAUUAAAUACGCACGUCUAUGACGCUGGCUCGAGGGAGUGAUGCUAAUUAUUACCAGAGUGGGUAUACUCCACACGGCAUGGUGUAUGUCAUGUUAUUGCUGAGUCUUAAUUAUAAAUCAAUAAGGAAUCAAGUCUCCCUCCCCCCCCCCCCCACACCCACACAUUGUGAACAUUGAGCUCACAGUCCAAGUCCAAGUCUGGUGCUGCAGUGCAGUGCUGGGGGGCUGGGAGGGAGAGGAGCAGGGCUGGUGUCCUGUGGAUGAGCUCCCUUCUAUUUGCCUGUUCACGUGCCCUGCAGAUUUAAGUGCAGAGCAGAGUUCCAACAUUUUUUUUUGAGGGUUUAUUACCCUCUGGAAAGCGAUCCGCCAAUCGAUUAAAGUUCUAUUGUUUAAUGAUGGCAAAUACAAUUAAAAGUUCUCUCGAGUUA